AUGAGCGCGACAGCAGCAAAGAGGCGUGCAAACUGCAUGAUUUCCGAUACGCAGGCGCUGGACGGGGCUGACGAGGAUCACCUCCGACGCGGAGAGCGCCACUCCUCGACGAGCGGGCGAGCGACGUCGCCGCUGUCGCGCCCUGACGGCGGCCAAGCGAACGACUGCGCAAUCUGCGGCUGGCGCGCCCCCCGCGCUCGCGAUCACGCGUUUUUCAUUCAGAUCGACUCCGGAACAUCGCGCGUCGUGCCGACGAAUCAUACCGACCCCUUCGUCGGUACUUCCGGACGCGGCGGCCCAAGGUUCAAGGCGACUUGGAAGGGCUUGUUCCUUGCACCCACAACAGAAGAGCGAUCCCCUUCGACAGCUGCAGUCCACCUCGAAUUCAUUGGAUCCUGGAAGCGACGUCUUCUCAAGUGGCAAGAGUUGGCCUCCACUCGUCUCGUCCGUGGUCGGGCCACUCUGUCGACCUUCUUCGAUGCACGCAAGCCGGUCUUUGUACCCCUUGAGGUCUCUCGACCUCCCCAGUAUACGCACGCCGACAAACAGGCGACCCCGAUGACGGACAUUGGAGGAAUCAAUACGGACACUGCUGCUGGGCAUAUUUGA